AUGCGGGAGCUGCGCUCGUCCUCCUUCUGGAGGGCCAUCCUGGCCGAGUUCCUGGGCAGCUUCCUCUAUGCUUUGCUGGGGCUGGGGGCCUCCCUGCGCUGGGCCCCGGGCCCCCCCAGCGUGCUGGGGGCCGCCCUGGCCUUCGGGCUGGCCCAGGCCACCCUGGUGCAGAUGCUGGGCCAUGUCAGCGGGGGCCACGUCAACCCGGCCAUCACCCUGGCCUUCCUGCUGGCCUCGCAGCUCUCCGUGCUCCGCGCCCUGGGCUACCUCCUGGCCCAGCUGCUGGGCGCCCUGGCCGGGGCCGGCGUGCUCUACGGGGUGACGCCGGCCCCCGUCCGCGGCACCCUCGGCGUCAGCGCGCUGCACCCCAGCGUGGGCCUGGGCCAGGGCACGGUGGUGGAGCUGCUCCUGACGGCCCAGUUCGUCCUCUGCGUCUUGGCCAGCUUCGACAACCGCUACGACGGGCGCCCGGGCUCGGCCGCGCUGCCCGUCGGCUUCUCCCUUGCCCUCGGCCACCUCUUCGGGAUCCACUACACGGGCGCCGGCAUGAACCCCGCACGCUGCUUCGCCCCCGCCGUCAUCACCCGCAACUUCACCAACCACUGGGUGUACUGGGCGGGCCCGCUGCUGGGCGCGGCGGUGGGCGCGGUGCUGUACGAGUUCGCGCUGUGCCCGCGGCCGCGCAGCCUGGCCGAGCGCCUGGCCGCGCUCAAGGGAGAGCCCCCCGCCGCCGAGGCGCCGCCCGAGCCGCCGGCCGAGCCGCUGGAGCUGAAGAUGCAGGGCCUGUAG